AUGACCUCAGAGCAUAACCGAGAGGACUUCAUCCUCGACGAAGACGCCGCCAUGAACCAAGCGGAAGUACGUAACCAACUUGACGAAGGAUUCCAUUCAGAUAAUCUAGACGCGGAAGAGCAGCAAAGCCCGCCUCGCUGGACUUCACCAGUUCGUCGAGAGCUACCCAUGCCCGCGCAAUAUCACCAGCCCAUCAAUACAUCUUUCCCACCUCCCACUCUCAUCCAAAGUCAAUCCGACGUGCUGGACAUUAUAUAUACUGGCCCUGGCACCCUUGAAGUAUUUACCAACCUGAUGAACUACCAGUACAGCACUAGGGCUAGUCCGCAGCUGCAGUCCGUGUCCGGCCCCGUCGCGGAGGUGAUCAAUACACUUUAUGCCCGUAUCGAUGAGCUCGAGACAAGCAAUGCGGUGUUGCUACACAGAUUCAGCAAUGCGCAGGAUGCUUUGGAUGAAGAGUGCCAGAGGAACACACGUCAGCAAGCCUUUUAUUUCAUCUACAACGCUCAUCCCGUUGACAAUUCAUCACUUACUCUCCCAAUCGUUGAUACCUCCAAGGUCUUGAGCACGAUGAGCCCUCGCAAAAACAUGAAGAAGCCUGAAGAGCAACACCCUCCAGCACCGUUUGCGGAGGAUGACACCGCUUCCCAAGGUGAUGAUGAGUUCCAAGGGUUCAGUCAAGACGCCAUCGCCGAUUAUUUGGCGACCUACCAUGCGAUGUUAGCCUUGGACCUGAACAAUGACGAAGGCGAGCAUAUAAACCAUGACGCUUUCGAAGACUCACGGUCCGACCUAGGCGAAUAUGGGCAAGAGCAGCGCGAUGAGAUCCCAUAUCUGCCUAACAACGGAAACGAGCCGCCAUCGCAUAUCCGAGUAAACUACCGUGCCGCUGUUCAGCCACCGCAACGUCCACCACCUCCGCUCCAGCAAAACUCGGUUCCUGUAGCUCCACCUCCAAGGAUCAACUUUCAAAAUGCUGCAAAUCCGGCUCCUAUGCCUUUUGCAAAUGUGCCGCAAGCUCUCCCUGUAUGGCACUUUGAUAGGGGAAUUCAAGCAGCACUCCGACGAUAUCGUCGCUUUCAUCGUCCAAUUGGCGGCUUCCCCGAAGAACACUACCCAAGAGGCGUCGUGCCAGGCGGAUACAGUCGGGGUGUUGAAGGCAUGCCCCGCGACUUGUUUCCUCAUCGGUCUGUGCCGAUCAUGCGUCGUCCCAAUGGAAGACAGGACGAACGAAUGCCGUUUGCACUGCCACGUUCAUUGGGUAGGGACAUGACUCCUCCCAUGGAACGCGACCUCCUGUUUGAAAUGUGGGCCGAUGCCUUUGUUGAGAGUAGAAGGAUGGAGCAGGAUAUGACAGCAUUCAGGGAAAGACUCCAGCGGCUGUACAAGUUCUGUUACAGGUCUUAG